AUGGCCCAAGUUCCGGACGCGUCUACAGUGCCAGUACCUGAUGACAACCGACAGCACCUGCUGGAGGAGCGAACCCUUUUGCGUCGCCUCCGGCAACUCCAGCUCAAGCCUACUGGAAGCCAAGUGGGUGGAGUACAAGCUGGAAAUGGCCUUGGUGAAGGCAACUUCCAAGCCAUCUUCUUGGAAAUGCUAAGGCAGCAAAGUCAGGCCAACCAGCAGAACCAGCAGUUGAUAGCUGCCCUCAUGAGAAGAAUGGAUUUGGAAGAGAAGCGUCGAAAUGAGGCUGAAGAGAAGGCAGCGGAGACCGCACGUUUGGUUGCGGAGGCUGCAGCUAGAGCCAAGACGGAAGACCCGUUUGCAGCUGCACCGAGCACCUUCUGUGCCUUUUGCAGGAGCUACCUCAAUAGGGCGGAGAAGUACCUUCCAUCUCUGCCGAUGCUAGAGCAUCAAGGCAUGAACAAGGGCAGGAUGCGAGAAGUCGAGACAUGGCAUGCCUAUUUGGAGACACUGUCAUCGUGGCUUGCUCUUCAAGAUGAGUCUUUCGUUCGAGAGUUGCAACUCUGCGUCAAGCAAAAGAAUGAGAUCCUUCAGAAGGAUUUGGCGGAUGAUGUUGCUGCUCGAAGUGCGAAGCUUUACUACUAUCUCACCCAAUCUCUCUCACGUUGGGAAAGAGGUCAGGAGUUGCUACGCUCGUGCUCGAAAAGGCAGUCUCUCAGUGCCUGCGGAUACGAGGCGGUGAGGACCAUCACGCAGCAAUACAGCAUCGUGUCUCGCAUGGAAGCUGUCUACGUGCGGGAGCAGUGCCUCAAGUUGGCGACUACGUGCCAGCAUCAACGACGGCCGACAGACCUCAUCCGUCACUUGGAGGACGAGUUUUCUCGUGCCGAAUCCAAGCUUGGGAACUUUCCAGAGUUGCGUCUCACGGAGGCUGACCGCUGCAGUGUUUUGCUGCAAGCUCUGAGCCAGGAGCUCAGACAGUACGUCGUUCUUCAUGGAAAGAGCAACGACUGGACAUCGCUGAGCGAUAGCCUUCGGUACUAUGAGGAGCAGCUUCGUCUGUGUGAGGGUCCUUUUUCCUCAAAUCGGCAGAUGUCAGGAAAGGGUGACAAGCUUUGUGACCACUGUGGAGGAAAGGGACACCUGGCUAAGGACUGCUGGAGCCGUCAGCGUGAAGCCGGUGAAAAGGGCAAGAAGGGCGACAAGGGCAAGAAGGGCGAUGGCAAGGGAGCGCAGAAUCCCAAAGGAAAGCCACGCUCUCCAACGCCGAAAGGCGGAAAAGGCGGCAAAGACAAGGAGCAGAAGCCCGACAAGCCUGAUAAAGGCAAGGGCAAAGGCAAGAAGAAGAAGAAGGCUAGAGCCCGGGCUAUGGGAGAACCAGAGUCCGAGGCAGAGUCCGAGUCUUCGAGGACCUCCACCGUGAUGGCGAUGAGGUUUGCCAAGCCUUCUGCUGUACGAGAAGUACUGAGCCAGCCUGAGCCUGAGAAGCCUAAGCCCGUAGAGGCAGUCCCUAGACCGGUCGCUGUAGGGCCGAAAGUCACUGUAGAUGAGAAGGUAGGCACCCUGACUGGAAGCACCUCGAAGGGAGAUGCGGCAUACGUCUGCGCUUCGCUGCAGGGAUCGGACAUGGAGAUCGACUCUCUUCCUGUUGACAAGGAACCCAGGAAAGACAUUACUGCAGGACCAAGCAUCCUGAAGAAGACUUCGAAAGAAGUGAAGAGUGAUGAGAAGCCUGGAAAGGACGAGAAGUCUAUCCGCCAUGUCUUGACGGGAACGCCGUUUGAGUUCAUGUUGCGGAAGGUGCUGAGCAUGUCGGAACCUCGAAUGGAGGUGGAGCAAGAUUCCCACAACUCUCCAGCGGAGAGUACCGGGCAGGAGGUUGUGUUUUUGAAUGCACCCGUAGAGCCUGCACCAGCAGAGGCGGCGCCAGCCGAGACUGCGGACGCAGGGGCUUCAGUUGCCCCCUUCAAUGUUUUCUCGAGGCCUCCGAGUCAAGUUGCAGUACCUUCACCUUCGGUGGCUGCAUCAGAGACAGGAGAAACGGAAGAGGAGGAAGCAUGGGGAAGAUGGAGGGCUCAAACGGUGGCAUCCACAAGCAAGCCUUCGCAGCCAUCAGACGAGCCGCCUCUGAUAGUGAAGUGGAGAAGUAUUUUAUGCAAGCGAUACGACAACAGCGAGAAGAACGACCUGGAACCUGCAGUUCCACUUAUGUCUAUCGGAGAUGGACUCGUUUAUUCUUCCCGCCAUGGCGGGACCAUCUUUGCGUCAUUGACAGAUGCUUUGAUGACCGACGGCUACCUCCUCGAGGUUGGACAGAAGCUCCUUGGGCGGAUCCAACGUCCAGACCCAGGUGUGGGACCGUGCCUGGGAACGGGGUGGUCCAAGAGGCUUCGCGAUCACGAUCCCGAUCCUCUGGAUGGAACGCCCUACAUCAGCGCAGAGGUUGCGUGGGCGCUGUGGCUGCCCGAGUUUCCGGAAGCCCCGGAUCAUGGAGGGAUCCUUCCGGUGAAGAGAAAGAGGGAUUUUUCCCAGCUCACCGACGAGUUGUUGGACGAGCAUACUACAAGGUUCGAAAUCGCGGGUCAAGGCCGCACUCUUCAUCAACGCGGCGUGCGUGCAAGGGACGCGCGUGCCGCUAUCGAAGGGUAUACUCCCGAUCCAAGUCACCUACGCCACCAGAGUGGCGGGGACGUGGCUGCGCUGGGUUACAUCAAGCGUAUCCUCAAGGUCCUGACCGUUUACGAGGCCAUGCCGGAAGCGGAACGCAACCUUUUGGCUGGAAUGUAUCCAGACGACGUCGAGCUCCAGCUCGAGUGGGUGCCAGGCUCAGCCAUCAGGCAUGGGUGGCGUGCGUUAAUGGGGGCAAUGGAUCAGCGCACCCGGCGCUAUAUCGAGUUCGAAGCAGGGGUCCGAAAACGGGAGGACUUGCAGUCCGCUCGACCCAAGGUCAAGGCCAGAAGGACGGCUGCAGCUGCUUCCACAGAUACUGGAGGUGGAAUUGGAGAGAUGGACGAAGGCUCGGAGCCUGGAGCGAUGAACGAAGGCUCGGAGACUGGAGCGAUGAACGAAGGCUCGGAGACAGAGUCUGCAGAGUCAUCCUCGGCAAGUUCGUCGGACGAAUCGAUUCCAAUGGGGGAAUACAUGAUACAGAGCCGGACCAGAGUUUUGGCGCUCAUCGAAGCGGAGAAAGCCUUGAAGGAUGUGGGCUCCUCUGCGCCGCCCCCACCGUCUCCUAUCAUUAUGGAGCCAUCGCCGGUCGCGACGGACGGGUACAAGUUCGAUCCAGCACCCUAG